UGGUCACUGGAUCUGUGCUUUCCUUUUGGUCGAGCAGCGUGGGCUAACUAAAGCAGUGUGUCUGGGAGCAGUUAACUGAUUCAUUCUGCGAGAAUAGCGACUCUUACAGCUGAUUCAGAAUGGACUCCUCUUUGAGUGCUGCUCAAAUCCGCGAGAAGUUCAUUGACUUCUUCCGUCGCUAUGAGCACAAGUAUGUCCACUCGUCAUCCACCAUCCCACUGGACGACCCCACGCUGCUUUUCGCCAAUGCUGGCAUGAACCAGUUUAAGCCCAUCUUCCUCAACACCCUCGACCCGUCCCACCCUAUGGCCAAGCUGCGUCGUGCCGCCAACACCCAAAAGUGUAUCCGUGCAGGAGGCAAACACAACGACCUGGAUGAUGUGGGUAAAGAUGUCUACCACCACACCUUCUUCGAGAUGCUCGGGUCCUGGUCCUUUGGUGACUACUUUAAGCAACUGGCCUGUAAGAUGGCCUUGGAGCUGCUGACCCAGGAGUUUGGUAUUCCCAUAGACCGUCUGUACGUCACCUACUUCGGGGGUGACGCUGAAGCAGGCCUGGAGCCCGACCUGGAGUGCAAACAGAUCUGGAUCGACCUAGGAAUGGAGGAGGCUCGCAUCCUGCCAGGCAGUAUGAAGGAUAACUUCUGGGAGAUGGGAGACACCGGCCCCUGCGGUCCCUGCAGUGAGAUGCACUUUGACCGCAUUGGAGGGAGGGACGCCUCUCACCUGGUGAACAUGGACGAUCCCAAUGUCCUGGAGAUCUGGAACCUGGUGUUCAUCCAGUUCAACAGGGAGUCCGAGACUGUGCUAAAGCCACUGCCUAAGAAGAGCAUCGACACAGGGAUGGGCCUGGAGCGCCUGGUGUCCGUACUGCAGAACAAGAUGUCCAACUAUGACACUGACCUCUUCAUCCCGUACUUUGAAGCUAUUCAGAAGGGUACAGGCGCUCGACCUUACACCGGUAAAGUAGGUGGCGAGGAUACUGACGGUAUUGACAUGGCCUACCGUGUGCUGGCUGACCACGCCCGCACCAUCACCAUCGCCCUAUCAGAUGGCGGCCGGCCUGAUAACACAGGAAGAGGUUACGUGUUGAGGAGGAUCCUGCGUCGCGCAGUCCGUUACUCUCACGAGAAGCUGGGGGCUCAGAGAGGCUUUUUUGCCUCUCUGGUGGAUGUGGUGGUUGAUUCCCUGGGCAACGCCUUCCCGGAGUUGAAGAAAGACCCCGAAGUAGUGAAGGACAUUAUUAAUGAGGAGGAGGUGCAGUUCCUGAAAACCCUCAGUAGGGGGCGUCGUAUCCUUGAUAGGAAGAUCAUGAGUUUGGGAGACAGCAAGACCAUUCCAGGUGACACAGCAUGGCUGUUGUAUGACACAUACGGCUUCCCUCUGGACCUGACCUCCCUCAUCGCAGAGGAGAAAGGCAUGGUGGUGGACAUCGCUGCCUUCGAAGAGGAGAAAAAGGCAGCACAGUUAAAGUCCCAGGGUAAGGGCGCAGGAGACGUGGACCACAUCAUGUUGGACAUCUACGCCAUCGAAGAGCUAAGAAACAAGAACAUACCCGCCACAGAUGACUCUUCCAAAUACAGUUACACCUCUGAGGAAAACGGCAACUACAAGUUUGAGCAGGCCUCAGCCACAGUGCUGGCCCUGCGCUGCGACCGCGCCUUCUGCGAUGAAGUGACCACGGGUCAGGAGUGCGGUGUGCUGCUGGACCAGACAUCCUUCUACGCCGAGCAGGGCGGACAGACAUUUGACGAGGGCUACAUGGUUCGAGAGGACGACAGCACAGAGGAUCGGAUGGAGUUCACGGUGAAGAAUACGCAGGUUCGAGGAGGUUACGUUCUCCAUCUGGGGACGGUCUAUGGCAGUCUGAAGGUUGGAGACCGCGUUACCUUGCGUGUAGAUGAGGCUCGACGUAGGCCCAUCAUGAGCAACCACACCGCCACACACAUCUUGAACUUCGCCCUGCGGGGGGUUUUGGGGGAGGCAGACCAAAGGGGCUCCCUGGUCGCCCCUGACCGCCUGCGCUUUGACUUCACUGCUAAAGGUGCCCUGAGCACGGGGGAGGUCCGCCAGACUGAGGAGAUCGCUUGUACCAUGAUAAAAGAAGCCAAGCCGGUGUAUGCCAUGGAAGCCCCACUAGCAAAAGCCAAGGCUAUUCAGGGUCUGCGUGCCGUGUUCGAUGAGACCUACCCCGACCCUGUCCGAGUCGUGUCUAUCGGUAUCCCCGUUGAGCAGCUGCUGGAGAGCCCCGACAGUACUGCUGGUUCUCUCACCUCCAUUGAGUUUUGUGGUGGAACCCAUCUGCAGAACUCGGGUCACGCCGCGCCGUUUGUCAUCGUCUCAGAGGAGGCCAUCGCUAAGGGCAUCCGCCGCAUUGUUGCUGUGACAGGAACAGAGGCCCAGAAGGCCCAGAGGAAGGCCGAUUCCCUGCUCCAGUCUUUGUCCCAGCUGGGGGACAAGGUGAAGCAGCAGACAGCCCCGAACAAGGACAUUCAGAAAGACAUCGCCGACAUGACAGAGUUGAUAGGCACAGCAGUGAUCUCCCAGUGGAGGAAGGACGAGAUGAGGGAAUCCCUAAAGGGACUGAAGAAGACCAUGGAUGACUUGGACCGCAACUACAAGGCUGACAUCCAGAAGAGAGUCCUGGAAAAGACCAAGGAGGUGAUAGAAGGCAGCCCCAACCAGCCGCUGCUUGUCAUGGAGAUGGAGACCGGAGCCUCCGCUAAGGCACUGAACGAGUCACUGAAGCUGCUGAAGUCCCAAUCUCCUCAGACCGCCGCGAUGCUCUUCGCUGUAGACCCAGACGCCGGCAAGAUCACCUGCCUGUGUCAAGUCCCACAGGAUGUGGCCAACCGAGGUCUGAAGGCCAGCGAGUGGGUUCAGGAGCUGUGCCCCCUGCUGGACGGUAAAGGAGGCGGCAAGGACAUGUCGGCCCAGGCCACGGGCAAGAACACCCAGGGCCUGCAGGAGGCGCUGCAGAUGGCCAACCGGUUUGCACAGCUUAAACUGGGAGAGAACUAACGGGGGUCUGUGUGAGAGGAGGUUGCAAACAUAGGUCGUAGUUUGGUAGCGGAAAUAAGGUCGAGUCCUGAGUCUUAACUGAGUUAGAAAUCACCAAACAUCCUCCUUUCCUUCGUCCAUUUCCUCUACUCUUUUCUUCUCCCUUCGGCUCACAUAAAGAUUAGAAAACGAGCGACAUUUCCGGGCUUCUCGCUCACUAUGUUGACAGAAUGACCAGUGACUCUCAGCCUCGGUAACUGAGCCACUCAUAUUUAUUGAGACUAUGAUUGCUGACUUGCUCCAGUAAAAAAAAAAUCAUCUCUGUGGAAAUAGCUUGAAUAUAUAUAUGAAGAUCCCGUCAUGCAGCUGAGUAAAAGAGGACUGCAGAUGAUUUGAGAAAUUUUAUUUGUGUUUUCACUUUAUUUUUGGCAUGCUUGUGACAGAGGAAAGGGGAUGUACGAUUGAUCAAUUUAGCCUCCGACAAGUACUGUACAGAUCAGAUGAAGUACCAAAACCAUCCUGCCUCUGUGUUUGUUUCCUCUAACUGUAGCCAUGUUUAUUUAAAUACAAGCCCUUUCCUGCUUAACCAAGGCUGCUUUAAACGGCAUCAACUUCAACUUUUGGUUUCCCGUACCUCUUAAGCUCCGCCUUUGGAAAGAAAAGUGAAAAGUCAGCCCAACUCUUAAAUGAUUUAGGUACUUUUUGUCCUUUUUAGUUUUCUGAAGGUUUUUGAUCUGAUCUCUGGCCAGCGGCUCCGUCCGUCUGUGUGAGCGAAAGCCUGAGCUCUCUUCUGUGAUUGGUUGGUCUUGCUGUACAUGCACUAGCUGUAUCGUAGUCUUUUUUUUUUUUUUUUUUUUUUUUGAAUAACAAGCCAUUGCAAGAAGUCAACGGGUUUAAUAAGGUGAAAAGAAUAAUUCAUUAACUGCAUAAAAUGAUCAUGAACGUGUCCAAUAAUCUGUGUAACUUCAUUUCGCUAACAUUAAAUAUCGAUAGAAUGCAGAAAAUGUCUUUUAUCAUUGUAGCUAUUCCAUGUCAGAGAAGUGUCACGUUAUGGGAAUGAAAAAUAAAUAUGACUGGUAAAUGCCA